AAACAUUCACUCUUUCUUCUCUCUUUCCCCUCUUUUCUCUCUCUCUGUCGGCGUGAUUUUUCCAUUUUUAUAUUUUAAAUUAUGUUUUUGUCUAUACACUCUUAACUCUUUAACUCAACUUCUCUUCUUCUCAACACUGCUCUCUCUCUCUCUCUCUCUCUCUCCUCCCUCUUUCUCUCUCUUCUUUUGGGGAAAGUUGGGUUUCACUUAAGCGCCGACACUAAUUCACACAUUCCAUUUUUUCUCGAUUUCUGGAUCUCUAUCUGCUUUUUUGAUUAUUGGGUUUUAAUGAGGAAAGAUUGAAUUUUUCUGGGUUAUAUUGGAUCUUGAUUUUUGUGACAGAUAAAUUAAACCCAUGAUGGAGGAAUCACAAAAUGGGUUGAAACCCACAAAGCCAACAAGUGAACAAGUCUGCCAGAUCUGUAGUGAUAAGAUCGGUACAAAUGUAGAUGGAGAACCGUUUAUUGCCUGUGAUGUUUGUGCCUUUCCUGUUUGUCGUGCGUGUUACGAGUAUGAGAGGAAAGAUGGCAACCAAUCUUGCCCACAAUGCAAGACAAGAUACAAGAAGCAGAAAGGUAGUCCCCCAGUUCAUGGGGACAAGGUGGAAGAUUCUGAUGUUGAUGAAGCAGUCAGUGAUGUCAAUGAUCCCUCAGGAAACUCAAUCUUGAAGGAGAAGCCACAAGAGAGAAUGCUUGGUUGGCAUAUGAACCAGGGACAAUCAGGGGAGCUUGGUCCUCCUAGCUAUGAUAAAGAGGUUCCCGUGAGCCAUAUCCCUAGGCUUGCAAGUGGGCGCACGAUUUCUGGAGACUUGUCAGCUGCAUCCCCUGAACGCUACUCAAUGCCAUCACCAGGCGCCAGCACUGGAGCUAAUCUUAGAAUGUCAAGGGAAUUUGCAUCACCUGGAUUUGGAAAUGUAGCUUGGAAAGAAAGGAUUGAUGGUUGGAAGAUGAAGCAAGAGAAGAGUACAGGUCCUCCCAGCAUUAGUCAUGCACCUUCAGAAGGAAGAUUUGCCAAUGACAUUGACGCCAGUACUGAAAUUGCUAUGGAUGAUCCUUUAUUAAAUGAUGAGACGCGGCAGCCGUUAUCGAGGAAGGUUCCGGUUGCUUCAUCUAAACUUAAUCCUUACAGAAUGGUCAUUGUUCUGCGACUUGUCGUUCUUGGUAUCUUUUUGCACUACCGUAUAACGAACCCCGUGCCUAAUGCCUAUGCACUGUGGUUGAUAUCCGUUAUAUGUGAGAUUUGGUUUGCAUUUUCAUGGAUUCUGGAUCAGUUUCCCAAAUGGCUUCCUAUCAAUCGUGAAACAUAUCUCGACAGGCUGGCUCUCAGGUAUGACCGUGAAGGAGAACCAUCACAGCUUGCCGCUGUUGAUAUUUUUGUCAGUACUGUGGAUCCAUUGAAGGAACCUCCUCUUGUCACUGCCAAUACAGUGUUAUCCAUUCUUGCAGUUGACUACCCUGUCGACAAAGUUUCUUGCUAUGUCUCUGAUGAUGGAGCUGCUAUGCUGACGUUUGAAGCUCUUUCCGAGACAUCAGAAUUUGCCAGAAAAUGGGUCCCUUUCACCAAAAAAUAUAGCAUUGAGCCACGAGCUCCUGAAUGGUAUUUUGCUCAGAAGAUUGACUACCUUAAAGAUAAAGUACAACCUUCUUUUGUGAAAGAUCGCAGGGCAAUGAAGAGAGAAUAUGAAGAGUUUAAAAUUCGUAUCAAUGGCCUUGUUGCGAAAGCAACAAAGGUUCCAGAAGAAGGAUGGGUCAUGCAAGAUGGGACACCUUGGCCAGGCAACAACACCAGGGACCAUCCAGGAAUGAUUCAGGUUUUCUUGGGCCAGAGCGGAGGAGUUGAUACUGAUGGUAAUGAACUCCCACGUUUGGUUUACGUAUCUCGUGAGAAGCGUCCUGGGUUUCAGCAUCACAAAAAGGCUGGUGCUAUGAAUGCUCUUGUUCGUGUAUCAGCCGUACUCACAAAUGGGCCAUUCUUAUUGAAUCUUGAUUGUGAUCAUUACAUAAACAACAGCAAGGCUAUUAGGGAAGCUAUGUGUUUUAUGAUGGAUCCAAACCUAGGGAAAUAUGUUUGCUAUGUUCAGUUUCCUCAGAGAUUUGAUGGAAUUGAUAGGAAUGAUCGAUAUGCUAAUCGUAACACUGUGUUUUUUGAUAUUAACUUGAGAGGUCUGGAUGGUAUCCAAGGUCCUGUCUACGUGGGUACGGGAUGUGUCUUCAACAGAACAGCUUUAUAUGGUUACGAGCCUCCUGUCAAACCAAAGCCCGCGAAGAAAGGUAUUUUGUCUUCAUGCUUUGGUGGAUCUAGAAAGAAAUCAAGCAAGAAAGAUUCCAAAAAGAAGUCAAGUAAACAUGCCGACCCUACUGUGCCUAUAUUUAAUCUGGAAGAUAUUGAGGAAGGAGUUGAAGGUGCUGGGUUUGAUGAUGAGAAGUCACUACUCAUGUCACAAAUGAGCUUGGAGAAAAGAUUUGGUCAAUCAGAAGUUUUUGUGGCUUCUACGCUAAUGGAAAAUGGUGGUGUUCCACAGUCUGCAACCCCUGACACCCUUUUGAAACAAGCUAUCCACGUUAUCAGCUGUGGGUAUGAGGACAAGACCGACUGGGGAGCUGAAAUUGGCUGGAUUUAUGGUUCCGUGACAGAAGAUAUUCUUACAGGAUUUAAGAUGCAUGCUAGGGGAUGGCGGUCAAUUUAUUGCAUGCCAAAGCGUGCAGCUUUCAAGGGAUCUGCUCCUAUCAAUCUGUCAGAUCGUUUGAAUCAAGUGCUUCGGUGGGCUUUAGGUUCCGUCGAGAUUCUUUUCAGUCGUCAUUGCCCCUUAUGGUAUGGAUACAAUGGACGGUUGAAAUGGCUCGAGAGAUUUGCUUAUGUCAACACUACUAUCUACCCACUCACAUCUAUUCCACUUCUUGCAUAUUGUACCUUGCCAGCUGUCUGUCUCCUUACUGGAAAGUUCAUUAUCCCACAGAUUAGUAACUUGGCUAGUGUUUGGUUCUUGUCACUCUUUCUUUCCAUAUUUGCUACUGGUAUACUGGAAAUGAGAUGGAGUGGUGUGGGAAUUGAUGAAUGGUGGAGAAAUGAACAAUUUUGGGUCAUUGGAGGAGUUUCAGCCCAUCUAUUUGCUGUUUUCCAAGGAUUGCUCAAAGUUCUUGCUGGAAUUGAUACCAAUUUUACUGUCACUUCCAAAGCAUCAGAUGAGGACGGGGAUUUUGCCGAGCUCUAUUUGUUUAAAUGGACAACUCUACUCAUCCCGCCAACUACUCUUCUCAUAAUAAACCUUGUCGCAGUGGUUGCUGGAAUUUCUUAUGCCAUUAACAGCGGUUACCAAUCCUGGGGUCCACUUUUUGGCAAGCUGUUUUUCGCAUUUUGGGUGAUUGUCCAUCUUUAUCCUUUCCUCAAGGGUCUCAUGGGGCGUCAGAACAGAACUCCGACAAUCGUUGUUGUUUGGUCGAUUCUCCUUGCAUCCAUUUUCUCCUUGUUAUGGGUUAGAGUUGAUCCAUUUACAACCCGGGUUACUGGUCCCGAUAUUAAACAAUGUGGCAUCAAUUGCUAGAGUGGCGGCUUCAAAAAGAGAAAUCUUCAACUACAUUCUCAGAUUAUUUCCCAUACUUGAUCCAUUCUGCAAUAUCUUGAAGGUAUGAAUGGGAACUUAAUUUAUCAUCGCCACACCUAAAGUUAUCUAUAAGUAUGUAUAAACACUUUAAGCACAUAUACUGUAGCCUGUUUCAAUUGUUUUAUAUGUCUUUCCUUUUUCCUUUACCUUUUCUUCCUCCUUUUUCUUUACAAAGCAGUUUUAAGUGUAUGAUUAGAAAGUUAGCUGCCUGUUUCAAGCACUCGAAAAUUCUUGUAUCUGGAUCAGAUUGGCCACCAGAAGAUAGGCCAUUAAGUUAAAUUUUUUUGAUUUGUUUUAUCACAGUAAAAUUUGCUAAGCA